AUGCCUCUACCCGUAACACCAUCACCCCAUCGGUUUGUGAUCAAGAAACAACCUCCACCCCCACGAUCCCAACUCGCACAAGAAUCCACUCCUCGUCCAGCAGGCUCCCAGCAAUUCAAUGCUACUCCACGAUUUACCUUCUCUUCCACGCCGAGACCUACUGGCACACAAGGUAUCAUCCCAUCAUCUACGCCCGCGGGACGAUACUUGACACCAGCUCGUCAAACUUUGAAAGCGAGAGAGAGUAUCGAUGAUCUUUCAGAUGAUUACCCUGCCAAUCUUCCUUUUCACGAUUCAAUCGAUACGCAUGAUGAAUUUGAUACAAGCAUACCAUUCUCAACAGAGGGCGCAGAAGAUGAUGAUGUUGAUGAAAUAGAUACAUGCUCUUUCAAACGUCGACGAAUAUCAACCUCUCUAGCAGCAGAUAUUGCAUUGGCAGAGGACGAUGAAUUAGAAAAUGAUUUACUCUCCUCCUCUAUCCCUAUAGUCUCAUCGCCUAUAACCCAACGAGCAAACCCCACCCCAUCCACCAAUAGUAAACCCAAGUUUCUCCUCUCAACCCCCUUACCACCAUCAACACCGCAAUCCACCGCCUCCACACCAUUUCUCAAACCCCCUCGUUUUCGACCGCCUGAUCCGGCUGAAACACAGGGAAAUAUCGAUCCUUUACCUGAACAAUUUUCUCCUCAUAGAAGAGGUCAAAAAUAUGUAGCUGGGGGCUUAGCGGCUGAAGUCAGGGAUUGGUUGAUUAAUAUAGAUUCUUCAAUUCCUUCACAUGGUACUGGUGUGCAAAGAGCAAAGGAUAAAAAUAAAGAUAAAGAUAGCGAAUGGGUAGUGAAAAUGGUGAUAGAUGAGGUGAGUGCGGGUGGAGGGAUGGGAAUGUGUUUAGUGAGGGGAAGACAGCUGCGUGUUUUGGAUGGGGAUGAGGUGGUGGAUGAUAUGGGGAUGGUUAAGGUUAUGUUAGCUGGAGAGGGAGCGGGGACAGGGUUACAAAGGGGGAGGGAUGUGGAAAUUGGCAGAGUUGUAGGGAUUAAACGACCAGUUUGGGAGGUGGUGGUAGAGGGGGAGAAAUGGGGUGUUGGGGUCGAUUGGAAGGUGUUGUGA